ACCACGCCGACUGCAACGUGACCGAGGAAUAUGUUCGGCUUGUGAUUCGCUGACGGAAUCACGUGGGAAUUCAGGCACGUUGUCCUCGCCGUGCUUUUACCUCGAAAGUGUGCAUAACGUUAACACUUAUCCAUACAACCGGAUUGUAUUCGUUUCGCCUUUCUCUUAUACAGUUUCCAGAUUUAAAACCAUGAUGGUUAUUAUUCGAUCAUAUAUCUUAGGGUUUAUUAACAUGUCAGAGACAAUUAAUGUUCUCCGACACAAUGCUGCUUUUGAUAAAGGAUAUUCGAUAUUGAUUAAUUUUAUAUUGUUUACUUCCUGAUUAGUUUUUGCCUGAUAAUAUCCAAUUCAUUAUCUUAUUAAAUUAAUGAUUCUGCUGUUAUUAUUGUUGGGUGUUAACUCUAGAGGUGGCUUAUCAAUAAUUUUGCACUCUAUGAAGCUUGUGGGGUCUGUACGUGAAAUCCUUUGAUCUACGAAGGUAUUCUGAGUGUCAAAUGCUUUCUCUACGCUUGAAAUAUAAAAAUAUAAGUAGGUAGAUUAGUUGAUGAAAGAAUAAUAAUUAAGACUCGCAAAUCACCUCCAGUCAAAUACUUUAUUUAUUAAUAGUUUUAAUUUAUUCAAAAGUUACCUAAUGCAAAUUACCUGUUCCUGACAGAAGGUCGAUGCUUUGUAAUUUUAUGACAAUUUUCUUCAUUUUUAUCUGAAAAAUUUUUCAGUAUUCCAUGAGAAAUUUGAUGUUAUUUUAGAACAUAGAAAAUAGAAAAGUUUUUGGAUUUUGAAAAUGAUGGAUUCAAAAAAUGUUUUGAAUCGCUGGAAUGUGACAGGAACGCUGGAACGAGUUAUUAAAUUUCGUUUCCAUCGUUUCAUCAUUUAUCGUAUCAAAAUUCCGUACUUGGAUAAAUAAAACCCCAUUAAAGAAUCCGUGAUGUAAAAAUGGCGACGUAUUUGAAAACAACGUCAAAAUUGUUUGACCUACCAUCCAGAGGUUCUGCGGAGUUGGAUUUGAAGGAUUUAAUGUGCCCAGUUUGUAGGGGUGUUUUAAUUGAGCCCGUCACCCUGCCAUGUGCCCAUAGUUUGUGUCUUAGGUGUUUGAAUGGUACGAUACAACACAACAGUUUGAGCUGUCCACUAUGUAGAGUUAGAGUUGGUUCUUGGCUUCGUACUGCUACUAAAUCUGAUAGUCUGGUUAAUGAUGGACUGUGGAAGUUGAUCAAAACAAGAUUCGCCAGAGAAAUUCAAGCCAAACACGACGGACAGGAUACCGAGCUUGAUGCUGGGUAUGUAACGACGACUAACAAAAUCCUCAGUGCAGCUGGCGAGAUACGUCGAGAAUACGAAGCCCAACUUCAGCUGGCAGAGGAAGAGCUCAGGUUGCGCAGAGAAACAGAAAGACUAGCCAGCGAGGCAUUAAUACGUAAAAUCCAGGCUGAAGAACGUCAGCAAAUAACUCAAUUGGCCAAGGAUCAUGCAAUGGCAAAAUCUCUGGCAAAAAAACAAGUUGUAGACAAAUUUAAUACUAAGUCACAGGAAAGGCUCGUACCAGAUGAAAGAACUGCAAUCGAAUCUACCUCAACGACUUCUGACGGAGUGAAUUGGAAUAAGUUCAAAGAUGGUAAUGAGUGGAAUUCGAAUAUAGCUCUGAUUUCUAAAUUGAGAGCUGAGAGGUAUGCCUCAGAGAUGAAAUCCGGCGGCAAAAACGCUUAUAUAGGAAGUUCGGAGAAGUUUUUCCCACAUGGCGUUACCGAUACACAGAAUCAGGAUUGUAGAAACCAACUUUCACAGCCGACCUCUAAUAUCAAUUAUCUGACUAAACCUAGCUGUUCGAAUUCGAAAAUUUAUGGAACUCAAAUCAAAGAGGAACUCAAUGUACCCAGCGAUGUUCUGAAUCGGAAGAAAAAAAGCCUUGGAGUUGAGGUACGUCUCGCUGCAGUUGAAAAUGACAGACGAAUCGGAAGUGCUGAAAGCAGCGGCAGCCAUGACAGUAUCAACAUUGAAAUACACCACUUCAAACCUAUAAAAGCAAUGCCAAGAACUCCACUCAGGACUAUGCCAGAUGGCAGGCAAGUCGAUCCCAAGCUCAUUAGAGUGGUGGGGAUAAUGAAACGGGUCCAAAAUGCUGUUCUCAAACCUCCAACAUUCAUGCAGUUGAAAAGAUUAUCUGGAUGCUCCUAUAGCGCAUUUAAAGGAAAAUCCAAGAAGAUUUCUAAGCAAGACAUCCAGCGUGUCACAAUGACAAACAACCCAAGGGAAGAGCAGGAAAGUAAAGUAUCAACCUCGACAUCAGCUUCAGCGUCUGCUUCUCAAAUAAAAUUGUCGGGCAAAUCGCAAAUCUUUGACACAGUGAGACGUCUAGAUUUAACUUCAGAAUCAUCGUACGAUGGUCAUUUGAAUCAUACCAAAAAUACGAACAGGAUGAUAAAUGGUGCAAAGCUAAGCAAAAAAUUGAUUCUUGACGAAGAAAUAGAAGUUGCUAGGCUAGGAAACGAUAGCGCGAAUGGCAAUGGCAAUAAUUCCGUCAAGUUUAAAUGCAGGAAGAAUUCUCCAAAUACUGAUAAAGAUGACAUAGUUCAGGGAAAAGAUUUUGCAGAUGAAUCAACGUGUCAAGAAUCUGUGAAAGAAGAGGAACAGACAUCAGAUAGAGUUCCUGCAGUAGAAACAAUUGCCGAAAGAAUUAAAAAGCGAAAAAUGAUACGUAGUGGAAAUGACUCUUUGGAAGAAGCUCCGUUGAAACAACGUAUUGAUAAAAAUAGAGUGGCCCAUAGUAGUAGGUUAAGUUCUAAGAAGAAAAAGGGAAAGCAUCGUGUUACUGAAGAGCAUAUUAAUGAAGAGGAAAUCCUGAAUUCUGAUUCUGUAGAAUCAAAAUCUCAAGAUAGUGAAAUGAAUAUCGAACUUCGUGGAACAACAACAAGCAGAAGAUUGACGAGAAAUUCAGUUAAGGUUUGCGGUGAAAUUGAGUCUGUAAAAACAAUUCCUGAAAUUAGUGAGAAUUCAGUGGAAGAUGAAGACGAUCAUGACUUGGGUGUUAGAGAGCAAGAAGCAAUGGAGAGGUUGGUUUUACAGGAAAAAAAAGAUUUCGAGCUCGCUCAAAGACUUCAGGAAAAAUUUGACGAAAUGGAGAGAAUCUCUGGGCGUACAAGAGGUUCGAGACGAGGGGAGCUGGAGGGGCUGGAUGUACAAAUUCAAAAGUUCACAUUGAACAAGUUUUUACCAGCGAUAGGAGGUCUGCCAAAACCAAUGGUGGGGUGAUCGGUGAUCGUUUGACAGAACAAUUACUUAUUAUUCAGGAUAAAGAAAAAGCGGAUGUCAAAAAUAAUAACAAAAACAAUGAACGUCGCGUCACUCGGAGGCGGUGUGUCUAGUAAAUAAAACUUAAUCAAGGAAAUUGAGCUAUCGAAUGAAAAUCAUAUUCAGAGAUGAACGUGUGUGUUGAUAUCGUAAUAGCCUUUAUUGCAGAUGAAAAAACGAAAGCAACACGGCGAACCGGUGAUGAUUAAAUAAACGGAUAACGAAUAUAUAUAAAGAUAUUACUUCAGCUGUAAAUAAAUACUAAAAAGAUAUGCCUAGUAAACAUUAAAUAAAUAGAAAAAGAAAAUAGACGAAAGUAGUAGAUCUUCUUUUAAAGAGAAAUGAAAUAUUUUAAACGUACUCGAAUAAAAAAACUUCAUCAACGUCCUGUUUUAAAAACAACUGAAAACUAAUUAUAUAAUUAAUAUCAUAUUAUGUAUAGUUGACUAUAGAAGUAAACGUAUAUUAUAUCAUAUUAUAAUCGACAGAGAGAAUGAAAUGAAGUAGAGCAAGAAAUAUAUAUGUAUAAAACAAAGACGCAUAUAAAUAUAUUAUAUUUGAGAUGAAACGAACUAAAACUAGAUGAUGAUAAAAUAUAAAUUCAAAGUAUAAAAAAACUAUCGCAACAUACCCAUAUACAUAUAAAUAUAUAUAUAUAUAUAUAUAUAUAUCCAUACAUAUAUAAAUAUACAUAUAUAUGUAUGCAUACAUAUUUUUUGUUUGUUUAUUCGAAACAAAAGGUUUAAAGAGGAUACUAGUGGCAAAGCCUUUAGGUAUACGUGUAUGAUAAUUAUAUAAAUGGUGAAUCAAUAAAGUUUAUUUUUGUUUUAAUACAUCACUA